AUGAGAUUGGGUGUUGGACGUCAAGUGUUGUUUGUGUGUGGCGUAGUGUGGUGUGGUAGGAGGUGGAACGGAUUGGGUGGUAAUAGUGAGGUAGGCUGGCCUGACGAACUCGUUAACUCUGUGAUGCUGUUUGUGGGUUCGUCAGGUCAGCCUACUACUCUCCUCUUCUGUGUGUAUGUAUGUAUGGGCAUUACGAGAACCAUUUGUAUUUUCAUGGAAGAAGCCACGUGGGCGAAACUGCCUCAGGUUCUCUUGUAUGAAGUUGCAUGUACUGCCUAA